GUUGCGUUUAUAUUUUUGUUCAGUAUAAAUAAUGAUCUGCUUUAUAUUUUUGUUCAGUAUAAAUAAUGAUCUACUUAACGUGGACAUAUUUUGGGCGAGUUUGAGCAAAUUGAGGUGUAGAAUUACUGAUCUACAAAUUGUAUUCCCUGCUAAAUAAUAGGUUUUGUGCGAUUAAGAUUUGCUGCUGGCAAUCCCUCCGCCAAACACAUACGUACAACCAGACAUUGAUUGAUUGGAGAAAGCAUGUGUCAAUUACAGAACAUUUCCUAGGGUUUCCUACCUGCAGCAACACCAGUGGACAGUGCUGGAACUACUGGAAAAAGCAGUGCCUCAAAACUCCUGGCCCUAUGAGAGAGASACACACACACACACACACUUCCUAUAAUCCCUCUUCUCCUCCAUCACAGUGAUGUAGAGUCCUGAGCAUGGGGAAACACCUUCCCACUGCCAGGAACACACACACACACACUUACUUAGUGGACACACACUUCUACUCUGUGAGCGUUUGGACAUACACACUUCUACUCAUAGAGCGGUUGAUGGUGAGAAGAGCCUGGACACCAAGAAGCACAUACUGGUUCUUCAGACUUCAUUGUUUCUCCUGAACUCAGCCCUGGGCCUGGUAGAGAGGAGAGAGGACUCUCAUCACCAGAUCUUCAGGAUGGAUAAAACGUGGACAACUGUGCCACCGUGUGUAUCGUGGAAGAGGCCGUAGAGCAGACCCUGGCGAAACCUGACUCCUGUGGUGGGGGGGUGAGCUUGGGGUGAUGCGGUGCCCCACCCUGCUGGCCCUGCUGGCAGGGGUCAUGCUGUACCUGGUGAUAGGGGCGCUGGUGUUCCGGACCCUGGAAAGCCCCAAGGAGAGCAAGGAGCACGAGAAGCUGCUCCGUACCACACGUGACUUCCUCCAAAACCACUCCUGUGUCACCGCACAGAACCUCAGCGACCUCAUCAAGAGUGUGGUGAAGGCGGUGGAGGCGGGCCUGGAUGUAAAACACAGCUCCACCAACUUCACUAGCAGGUGGGACCUGGCCAGCGCCUUCUUCUUCUGUGGUACCAUCAUCACCACCAUCGGGUUUGGUAACCUUUCUCCCAGGACCAAAUGGGGCCAGCUGUUCUGCGUGUGUUAUGCCCUGGUAGGGAUCCCUAUGUUUGGUUUCCUGCUGGCUGGUGUCGGGGACCACAUGGGGACGGGGCUGAGGAAGGCCGUGUGGAAGAUGGAGACACUCUUCCUGAAGCGGCGGGUCAGUCCCACUUAUGUGCGGGUCAUGUCUGCCGUUCUGUCCAUCCUGAUUGGCUGUCUGAUCUUCCUCGCCGUGCCAACGCUGGUGUUUAAGGAAGUGGAGGACUGGUCCUUUCUGGAGGCGCUCUACUUUGUGGUCAUCACCCUGACCACGGUCGGCUUCGGAGACUAUGUAGCAGGUGCUAACCGGCGGGACGGAGAUCUGUUUAAGCCCCUUGUGUGGCUCUGGAUAGUGUUUGGCCUGGCUUACUUUGCUUCCAUACUCACCAUGAUCGGGAACUGGCUGCGGGUGCUGUCCAAGAAAACACGUGCUGAGAUGGAGGAGUUGAGGGCCCAUGCUACAGACUGGACCCAGAACAUCCAGAACAUGUCCAUGGACUUCCGGAUCCCCAACCCUCUGGAACUCAAUGACCCCUUCCUGCUGCAGCGGCGCCGCUGGAAACGCAGCACCCGGCGACGGGUCCGCAGGGGGGCGCUGGGGCACCGCGGCAGGCAGGGCGCCAUAGGGGAGAACGGACAUCUGCCCAAUAGGUGGGUCACACGCUCCAUGACCCGUCUGGAGGUCGUGAGGUUAGGGGGGGGUGAGGUUAGGACUGAGGGGGUGAGGUUAGGACCAGGGAUGGGGCUAGGGGUAGGUUUGAGGGCAGAUUGCAGGGUCAAUGCGAGGUCAGAGGGCCGGACGGUUGUGAGGUCGCUGUCGAUGCCUGCGGCGCGCUCCGUGAUGGAGUUAGACUAUGACCCUGAUCCUGUUGCGAUAAUGAUGAUGCCAUGGGAGUCGGGCUCUGUGUCCGAGUCUCCAGAUUCUGACUCCAGAUCAGUUGUCUCCUCCUCUGACUCUCACACCUCUGACAUGUGUAUGCCAGGGCGGAGGAUGCCUUUUGCUAGUUUUGACCCCAGUGGGUCUCUCUGUACUGAACAGAGGGGACGCCAUGGAGGAUCCAGGCUGGUAUAUUUCAGGGAGGACGUCCGGUUCCCUGUGCCUCUCCAGCAACUCCCCAAGUCGCCCAACUCCACCAUGCCGCUCCCCAUGACCCCUUUGCCCACCCCGCCAGGCUGCAAGAUGCUAGAUUUCUUCGGGGAGAACUUGGCCUACAUUGACGAGUCGUCAGACACGCUAAGUGACCGGAACCAGACGGUUGAGGGGGGUGUCAGUCCUCGUCCCCGGAUACACCGCAGGAGGAGAAUGAGGAGGCAGCUGAAGGAGAGGAGGGACAGCGACAUGCAGCCCCCCUCUAACCCCCCGACUCCUCCCCCCCUCCCCCAUCUCAGAGACUGA